GGUUUAUCAAGACGCGAUGGCAUUGUGGGAAGCGAAGAGCGUUUUGUUUGUGGACUUAUUUGUUUUGAUGGUUUAGUUGUUGCUUUUUCGGCUGAGGACCUCGUGCACUAGCGGUCUUUCGGAGGGGAGUGUCAUCGUCGCGGCCAAGAUGUCCACAAAGCAGAACACAUCUAUCCGUACGACUGUGAACGAAAAGAGGAGUUUAUCAGGAAGGGACAAUACAUUAACAAGAACCAAAGCCAUGGUGAUGUGGAUCUCCUUGCGAAGUUUGAAGCUGACGUUGUUACUGCAGAGAAACUUACAGGUGGAGAUAUGAAUAUUCUCCAGACCAUGGGUGAAGUUGCUGGUAAGCGCAGAAUAGACUAUAGUGAUCUGGGUUUUGGGCCACCAAAACCUAAGAAGAAGAAAGAAGAUAUGAUCAAGAGGGGAUCAGAUAUUGGCCAGGCUGUUGUAUAUAAAAAGGUUGGGAUAAGAAGUGCAGGUAAUAAGCUUCAGAGGGUUGUCAUAGAACACAAGGUUAGAAUUCUGGAACAACCACGAAAGGAAAAUAUGACCCAAGACAUGCGGGAGGCAUCAAACUGGUACAAAUGCUACAGCUGUGGGUAUACAUGUUCCAGACUUAAUGUAAUAAUUUGGCACAACAAAGCACACAUUAACAAAGUAUGUAAUUAUGACACAGGUAUAAAAGUCCCAGGUAGAAGGAAGCGCAAACAAGGAACCCCAAGGACAAGUAAAGAGAUGCGAAAGAAAGCCAAAGAUGCAAAAGGCAAAGAAAACUUGGAACAUGCCCAUACUAAUGGGGAAGUAUCUAGUCCAAAGAAAGAUUCCCAAGACACUCAACAACUUCUUAAGGACUGGGAUGAUGAAGAUGAUGAUGGAGAAGGGGACAGGGUAAAGGCACCAGGUGGACCAGGGAAAAGUCGCAAUGAUUCUGAUGAUGGUUACAGCGACAAUGAUGAUUAUCCUCCACCACAACCCAAAUACGAGAGACGACCAAUGCCCAAGGCAGCAGAUAUUAAUUCUGCUUUUGAUGCUUUAUUAGCUGCCACACCCAUGACUCCAUCUUCGAAUCAAACCACAAAUUAUGUUAACAAUGAUAGUGAUAGUGAUUACAGUGACUGGGAGAAAUACUAUGCUAGAGAUUCUGGAUCAGAAUCUGAAGAGGAAGAGGUAGCUCAAGAAAGUGAUAUUAAAAGUUUAUGUGAGGAGAAAGAGGGUGUUACUGGCAGAAAUGCUGAUGUUACAUCAAAGGAGGAGAAUAAUGAUGUGAGUGAAUGUAAAACAGAAGAGGUAGAAGAAACUGGAGAUGAGUACAAGCCAAAUAUUUCUACUGCUGUAACUGAAGAGGAGGAAACAAAGCAGGUAGAUGUAGUGGAUCAUGGUAACAGUCAGAUGGCUUUGACUCCAGAGCCAGAAGAGCCAGUGAAAACAGAGGAACCAGAAGAAUCGAAACCAGACAUAGCAGAGGAAAGACUAACUCCACCUCUUCAUUAUUUUAAUCCUAAUAGUGCUAAAGAUGAACAAAAGGAAGUUGAUGAUGAACCAGAUAUGAUUGAGGAGGCUUGCUCAGAUAAUAUUCAAACUGAAGUUACUUCUGAGACAUUAGAGGAGAGUAGAGAAGCAUUAGAUCCAGUUGAAGAGUCCAGAAUGGAAAUUGAUCAGCCUUAUGAAAUGAGUGAGGAUCAGAAUGAUAGUGAAAAUGACUGUAAGUCCGCAGAAGUUGAAGAUUAUUAUCAUGAUGAUGCAUCUGUUGAAGGUUCCAGCCACAUAGCAGAUAGAGUUGAUGAAAAAGUGACUCAAAAGGUAGAGCCCAAGAUAGUACAAAGAAUUGGAAUAGAGAAAGAGGAGAAAGAAAGCUUAGAGGGAGAAGGAAGUGAUGUAGAAGAUCACCCAUCAGGCAUUCAUAGCUCUCAGACCAGGUUAGAAUCUGGGUCAGAAAGCAUUGCUGAGCCAAUGAGAGUAAGUGACGUAACUACAUCAUCAGGCUCAGGUACAACUUAUAUGUUGGUUGCUGUAGAUGCUCAUGGAAACACAGUGCCAACUGUACCUACCCCUGCACUUAGUGAAGGAGGAAGUAACCUAGUCGCUGUAGAGGCUACUAUGGAGGAUGGCACUACGAGAACCCUCUAUAUUGAUCCUUCACAAUUAGGUCCUAAUGUUGAUCUGAACAAUCUCAUGCUUCAUAUAGACACCAGUGGACAAGAACAUGUUAUCAUUCCUUCUUCAUCAUCAUCGGAUUCUGAAACGCCAAGUCUUGACCAUAGCAUGUCAGAGGGUCAGGACAAAAAUUAUGCUGACCCACAGCCAAAAAAUGAUGCAGGAGCUGUUGAACUUGAACACUAUGAGUUGCCCCAAGAAAAGGGUGAGACCUCGUGAGUAAAAGCUUAAGCUUUUACUUUAGAUUGUUAAGGGAUAAAAAAAUAUUUGUGCCUUUUUUUUAAGUAUUGGAAGGAAUCCUUCCAUUUAUUAUUCUCUUUUUUAUCCUUUUUUUUUUCUUGUUCACACAAUUUAUGUCACGAGUCAUUCUUUUCAGCACCAACACAAAUCCAGUGGUUUUGUGCAUAUUUAUAUAGAUGUUCUCUAGAAUUUAGAUUGUUUCUGUAAAAAAGUUUUAAAUUUUAGCUCAAACUUGUAUUUUUUCAGUGCUUGAAUUACACUGGUACUGUAAGUAUCUGCUCCCUUAAUUACAAUACUUUAUGACCCUAUUCCUAUGCAAUUCUUUUUUCUUAAGCUUGAUAGGUUCCUAAAUAAGUUACAUGAAGCAGCAUGAUAGGUUUCUAACUACUAUGUCUUGUGGCUAUAUUCAUAAUGAAGUGGAUAAUUGGAUUCUGUUCCUCAAGCUCUUGCAUCAUUUUAUGUUCAAAUUUGCUUCAGUGAUCCAUGUUGGGUUUAAAAGAAAGCAUCACUGCCAGUAAUGUAGUACAUUUAGCACAUGGUUCAAAACUUAUUAUAGCAAUUAUAUAGUAAGGGACUGAGAAACAUUGAAUCAACAUACUGUUCAGUCUUCAUGUGAUGGAUUAUUGGAAGUUUUAGAGUUUUAUUGAAUGGAACUAUUGUGGUUGGUCUAGUACUCAGCAGUAGUGUGUAUACACUUUUCCAAAGGAAAACAAAGGACUUUAUGAUUCCUCACAGGUGGAUGACAGAGAAUGAAUGAAUAAGAAUUUGGAUUUUUAAGGUUUUGACUUUUGAUGUAUACUUGGACAUUGGGUAAAAAAAACAUAUAAAGGGCUAGCAAUUGAUAAUUGCAGAUAAGCAUUAAUAAUUUUCACUAUUUUUAUGGCAAAAGGAUUUGGAGUUAUUAGAAUUUGAUAGUUGUUGGUUCGAUAAGUGCUUCGAGGGUUCUUAUUUUUGUUUUACUUAAUUUUGAACAAAUGCAAUAUAAUAUUUAAAAGAAUGCCUUGUAGAUAAAGCAAUGUCAACCUUCUGUAAGUGAAUCAUUGAGUUGAUGAUGCAGUACAAAAACAGUAUAGUGGAUUACAAAUAUUAAGAUUUUAUAAAUUGUCAACCUUUGGUUUCAUUGUAGGUUGGCCAUUUACCCAAAAGCUUCUGGAAUGCAAAUACCAUAGGGAUAUACUGCUGCAGUUGCAUUAUAUGGGCCUGCAAUUAAAAGCUUAGGUUAUCUGUCCUUUAAGUGUGAGUUCAUUAUUUUAACAGAGUGGGGCAUGAAUAAAGGGUUAAGGAUUUGCAGGUCAAGAUUGCUAAAGCGUAAAAAGAUUCUCUUCCACCUCCUUAUGAGACAUGUCCUUCAUUCUCUGUCUUCACUCGCAAAUGAUUUGUUGGACUUGAUCUGAUUGCAUUUUGGUCUUGUUCUUCCUGUUUGUGUGUUCAUUUCAUUCAUGUAUUUUUGUUUGUUAUUUAAAACUGAAAAGGACAUUUUAAAAAGUUUAAUGCACAUGUAUAGGACUAAUAUAUAGAUGUGUCCAGUGUGAUAUAUAUUACUGUUAUAAAUACAAUGCUUGUGUAAUAAUUUAAAAGUAAGCAUGUGAAUCAUUUGGAAAAUAUUCCAAAAUUGUGAUCAGUGUAGAUGGAAAGUAGGUCAUUUUAUAUAAUUAUCUAAAUCCAUGGAAAAUAUAACUAUAGAAAUUAAUGAUAUUGGAAGACUUCUGCAAAGGCUACUGUGAUACAAAUAUCACCCACACUAUAUCAUGGGUGCAUGUAUUUUUUGACACUUCUUUAAAAAAGAAAAUCAUAACCAACUUAUAUUCUAUUACUGUAAAGAUUAUCGGAAGUGAUGAAAAACAACAGAAUGUUAGCCUACUAAUUUGUUAAGUAUUUAUUCAGGUGAAAAUCUCCAUUAUGGUAUAAUUUGCUUUUACUCUCGAUAUUUUAAAAGCUUUUAAGAGUAAUUUGUAUGUUGUGUAAAUUAUGAAUAUAAGUACCUUUCAAAUAGAAAAAUAUAUGUACAGAAAACUAAUUUUUUUUAACAGAGCACAGAAUUUGUUAUUUAAAAGUCUUUUUUACUUAAUUUAAAAACGGAAGAUAACAGAACUUUAGGUACUAUGUGAAAUGAAGGAAUUUUUGCUAAUACUGGUAAACAGGUAUAUUAAAUCAAAGUGCAACGUUACUUGGUUAGAAAAGGCAGAGCUGAUUACCAUUUAGUUCAGUGAUCCUUGCUUGGCAGUUGUAGUAGAAAAUCAGAAAGUGGAAUUGUACAUACCGUUUAUACCCACAUAUAUAUAUCAAUGUAUUUACACUUCUAUAUCUCAUGGUUUAACAAAUAAUAGAUGUCAUUUAGUUAUUUGAAUGGUAUUGUAGAUUUUAAGAAUUGUGGACACAUCUCUGUAAGACCCAACAUGGACAGCAUACGUCUUUGUAUCAUGCAUUUGCUCUUCUUAAUUUGAUCAACUCAUUUCAUGCUACAAUGUAUCCCAGCAAUCGUUCUCUUCUUAACUGCUAUUCAGAGAUCAUAAUAUGCUUUCAUACACUUUCAGAAUCUCUUGCUUGGUCUCUUUUGACCACGAGUCUUCGACCCCAAAACACACGACACUUACUGUCUGACUUUCAUGUACAUCAUAUCAACCCAGUCUUAAUGAACAGGUUACUGAUAGAGUAUUACAGUGCACUCUUACCCAGUGUGGCCAUUCAUCACAUUUAAGGGUUUAUGUUUUGUGGCAGUGAAUUGCUUGUGUGACUUAUGUACCAUCCUCACCCUGUCCAAAAGUUUAUAUUUAGAUUAUACAUAUUUUUCUAGGCUUUGGUGUAUUCUGUAAUAUUACCUGAGUGAAUAUUAUCAAUGUGAUUUAGAAGAGAGUCUUUGUUUGUACAGUGUUCAGUAGCUGUGUUGAUAGUAUGCCCGUCAGUUUUGUAAAGGUAUGUGAGAAGAAGUGGAAAUUAUGUGAAAUCUGUUUUGAAAGGGUGAAUUUUUGUCUCACUGUAUUGAUAAUUUCAGAGAAAUGUAGGGCAUCUGAAGAGAGUUGUCCCAAGAAUCCCAGCAUUGGUGUGGAAUUGUCAUUAAUGUCUGAGAAGCUGGUGGCCCCCUCAGGCUCCAGGAAUCCAUCAUGUGUUACCAAUGAGGAUUAUCUCUCAAG